ACAAGAUAUGCACACAGAAAAAAAAAUUAUUUUAUAAAUUUUUUUAAAUCUAAUACAUUUAGAUAAAUAGUUGAGUAAAAAAUGCGAGAAACAAUAGAAAUAAACAAUAUUCAAAUGAACAAUACAGAAGAAAACAAUUAUAUAAAAAAUAUUAGUUUUGAUGAUAAUCAAAGUGCAGAAAUGACCUUUUUGGAUGAUGAAACAAACAUUACUAUUAUUUCCAAUGAGUCUUUAGAUGCAAGAAUUAGUACUAAAUGUGAAAUACAGUUAAACUAUGCAAAUGACAGCAGUACUGCAAAAGGAAAUAACUACAUGCUUUAUAAAAGGAGAUGGUUAGUACUUCUUUCUUAUUGUACUUUAACAACAGCUGUAACAACAACUUCCACAUCAUUCCCUGCAAUUUCAAACAUACUAGAAGAAUUUUAUCAAGUGAAGCCUUUUGCAAUUCAUAUGCUGUUAGGAAUGUAUGCUUUUUUGGUUGUCUUAUUUAACCUUCCCUCUUCUUAUUUGUUGCACAAGUUUGAACUUGCAUUUGUCAUGAAAAUGUCAGGAACAUUAAAUUUAAUUGGUGGAGUUAUAAGAUAUUUUUCCUAUAGCCAUAAUGGAUAUUAUUUUUUGCUUACAGGAAAUUUUUUUUCAGGUUUGUCACUUGCUGCCCUUUUGUUUUUAACUCCAAAGCUUGCAGUUAAUUGGUUUGCAAAAAACGAGAUUGGAAGAGUGAUUGGUGUAUGCGUAGGUUUUGAUAUGUUUUCAGCUGCAUUAGGGUUUCUGCAUUCAACUAACGUUGUUGAAAACACUAAAAAUUAUAAUAAUACUAAAGCAGGAAUAAGAAGCCUUGUAUUACACCAACUAAUUAUGGGGUGUGUGGCAUUCUUCUUAACAUUAAUUUGUGUUAAAAGCUUCCCAGUAAACCCACCAAGCUAUGAAGCAGAACAGCUCCGAAAAAAUAAAUCAAAAAAAUUAAUUAAAAAACAAAUUUUGGAAUGUAAGUUAGAUAAAAGUUCACUAAAAAAAAACAAAAAUGAAGAUAACCAACACUCGUUUAUUGAAAGCAUAAAGAAACUUUACAAGUUACGAAACUUUGUUCUUAUUGUCCAUAUAAUAGCAGUUUCAGCCUCUUUAGAAUACUCGUUUGGAGCUAUUUUAAACAAUGUAUUAAUUGGAUUAUUUCCUGGAAAAGAAAAAGAUAUUGGUUUAGUUGGGUUUACAUCAAUUAUUUUAGGAUUUAUAGCUAAUGUCAUUGUUGGUGUGAUACUGGACAAAACAAAAAACUUUAAAUUAGCUACCAAAGUAAUAUUUUUGCUUUCUAUAUGUUUUCUUGCAAUGUGGACAUGUUUUCUAGAACUCUAUCAUUCCUUUGUAGCUAUUUCCAUAUCAUACUGUUGUUUUAUUAUGACAUCAACCAGUUAUUACUCAGUUGCAUAUACACAUAUGGUAUCUGAAACUCAUCCAAUUUCUCCAGAGAUAAGCUGUAUGGUGCUUAUGGUAGCAUCUACUUCAUAUGUAAUAGCUGUAGUUUUUCUAUCCUCGCUGCUUCUUGAACACUACAGUAUAUUACAUGUAAACUUAGCAGCAUUAAUAAUAACUGUUGGUGCAGCUCUGCUUUCUUUUUUGUUUUGAUAAUUAAAAUAUAUAUAGUUAAAUAUAUAAACUUUAUAUAUUUUAACAAAAUUUAUAAAUAUAAAAAUAUUUGUACUUAAAAUUUAUUAAUUAAAAGAGUUCUCCUUUAUAUUCUAAAUUAUUCAAAUUUAAAGUUUUUAACUAAAUAGCUUUUAACAAAUUAAUGAAUAACACAUAUA